AUGGCGCCUGUGCAAUCUAAGACCCAGACCGGUCUUGGCAAUCGGAAUCUGCUGGACAAGAUUGACAAGCUUCGCGAGCUUGGAAUUUCCAAACAAGUUGCCCUUCCUCAGCUCGUGGUCGUUGGAGACCAGUCGUCGGGCAAGUCAAGUGUUCUCGAGAGCUUGACCGGGUACUACUUCCCUCGAUCGGUCGGAUUGUGCACCCGUCAUGCCACCGAAAUCAUCUGCCGUCGCGAACCGUCCUCAAGCAUCGUCGUCACCAUUCAUCCAUUCGAUGCCUCGACUGAGAGGGCCAAUCUCGCCAAGGAUUUCAGACACGUACUUCAGGAUUUGAAGGGAGAAGAGUUCGCCGAAGUUCUUCGGGAAGCAUCGGUGGUCAUGGGGUUGAAGUCAACCACUGAUGGCUCUUCCGAAGGUGCCGCAUUCACCAAAGACAUUCUGCGAGUUGAAAUUUGCGGCCCAGAGGAGGAGCACUUAACCAUCAUUGAUGUUCCUGGAAUCUUUGAGAACGCACAGGAAGGCUUCUCGACUUCCAGAGAUGUUGAACUGGUCAAGUCCAUGGUCAAAGAUUACAUCAAGGAUUCCCGGACCAUCAUUCUUGCCGUGAUCCCGUGCAAUGUGGACGUCGCAACGCAAACCAUUCUCACCUACGCUGCCGAGGCAGACCCCGAAGGCAAGCGCACUCUGGGCGUCCUCACGAAGCCCGAUCUGGUCACCGAGAACGCCACGCGAGAGGCAGUCAUGGACCUCAUUAGGGGCAAGCGGCGUGACCUGAAGCUGGGAUAUUACGUCGUCAAGAACCGCGGCGCCGAUGACACCUCUUCCAGUAAGGAAGACAGGGACUGGCAGGAGCAGCUCUUCUUCGGAGCGGAGCCUUGGUCGAGACUCGACAAGUCUCGUCUUGGAAUCCCUGCCCUUCGCACUCGUCUGAAGGAGCUCCUCAUGGACCGCACCAAGUCUGAGUUUCCCAAGGUCCGACGCGAGAUCAACGAGCGCCUCGCCGAGGCGAAGAACCAGCUCGGAGCUCUCGGUCAGCCCAGAAGCACCGCUGACGAGCAGAGAGCGUUCCUCGGCAAGAUUGUCAGCCGGUUCACUGACCUCAAGAACUUCGGUUUGGACGCCUACUACACGGGCGACCCUUUGUUCGACAAGCAUUCCGAUCUCAGACUCGCGACGCGAAUCCGGGAGGCCAACACGGCGUUCUCAUCCAUGUUCUUCAAGAACGCCCACACUCGCCAAUUCGAAGACCCUAUCUCUACCAAGAACUCGGACGGCGAGAAAAAAGAGGCAACUGACAAGCUGGAGUUCCAGGACGAGGAGGAUGAUGCCACUAGAGACGAUCUAUACAAGCUCGCGUUCUCCAUCCCAAAAGAUGAAUUCGAUGAACUCGACGGUGUAUUGUCAGAGGCUUGUAAAUGCGCUUUGCCUGGAACCGACAGCAUUAUGCAGCAUCUCGAGAAGCUGUACCUUGCCUCUCGAGGAUACGAAAUGGGUACCUUCAGCAGCCACAUGCUUCCCACUGCUUUCAAGGAGCAGUCCAAGAAGUGGGAGGCUACCACGCUGGCCCACGUGAGCAACGUCAUUCUCAUCGUUCACCACUUCAUCUUCAACGUUGUGAAGGAGGCCUGCGGCGAUGCUCAAGUCCGCGAUGCCCUCUGGUCUUCCAUUCUCGAAGACCUCCUCAAGCGGUACCAGAUCGCCAUGGACCAAGCCAGACUGCUCAUCUAUGUUGAGCGCGAGGGACGCUCAAUCACUUACAAUCCGGCUUUCGACCGAGCUCUAAACCAAGUCAAGACGGUCAGAUCUGCGAGCAAGUACCAGGACUCCAAGGUCACGGUUCAGAACGGCGAGGAGACUCUCGAGUGCGUCAUGUGGAAGGACCUCAAGAGAGAAACAACCGAUGCCGAGGGUCUCAGCGAGACUUGCUGCACCAUCCACGAUGUCCUGAAGAGCUACUACGAUAUCGCCAGCGCCCGGUUCUCCGACAUGAUCUGCACGCAGGUCGUCGAUUACUUUCUUCUCGGUGCCGAGGACAGCCCUCUUGGAGUCCUGUCCCCUAACCGCAUCUUCAGCAUGUCGAAUGAGCAGCUGGAUAUGGUGGCGGGAGAAGACGCGGUCAGCAAGGCUCUUCGCGAGAUGUUGAAGAACGACAUCAAGCUUUUUGAGGAGGGGAAGAAGAUAUUGCGGGCUUGA